GCGCUCUCUGAUUUGGUUGUUUACCAUCAAUCAGACCGUUGCUUGGCAGACACUGGAUGGUUAUGAGCCUGAACAAGCUGAAAGGGGCAGGAAAAGAAGUGGAGGCAGCAUUCUUCCUAUUUAAAGCUGAAUCGCUUGAAAAAAGUUUUCGCAGACUCGGCCGGAGCUGGUGCUGAAACAGGGGGUUUGCCGAGGCUGCCCUGGGGCUGGUGCUGACAGAAGAGCCCACAGCUGACUUCAUGGUGCUUCAGUAACCUCAGAGUCCACUCUUCUCUCCCAGGAGGACCCACAUGUCUAAUAUUUAGACAUGAUGGCAAACUGGGUGGCAGCGAGACCUCUCCUCAUCCUCACUGUUUUAUUAGGGCGAUCUGUCUCAAUAAAAGCCCAGGAGCAAGAAGAGGAUGAUGGAUAUGGUGAAGAAAUAGCCUGCACUCAGAAUGGGCAGAUGUACUUAAACAGGGAUAUUUGGAAACCUGCCCCUUGCCAAAUCUGUGUCUGCGACAAUGGAGCCAUUCUUUGUGACAAGAUAGAGUGCUUAGAAGUGCUGAACUGUGCCAACCCUACCACCCCUCCUGGGGAGUGCUGCCCUGUAUGUCCAUCAUCCGGAGGUGGAGAUACCAGUUUUGGUAGAGGAAGAAAGGGACAAAAAGGGGAACCAGGAUUAGUGCCUGUUGUAACAGGCAUACGUGGGCGACCAGGGCCUGCUGGGCCACCAGGAUCACAAGGACCAAGAGGAGAGCGAGGCCCAAAAGGAAGACCCGGUCCUCGUGGUCCUCAGGGAAUGGAUGGAGAACCAGGUGUUCCUGGUCAACCUGGUGCCCCAGGGCCUCCUGGACACCCAUCUCACCCAGGACCUGAUGGCAUGAGCAGGCCCUUUUCUGCUCAAAUGGCUGGGUUGGAUGAAAAAUCUGGACUUGGAAGUCAAGUAGGACUGAUGCCUGGCUCUGUGGGUCCUGUUGGUCCAAGGGGUCCUCAAGGUUUACAAGGGCAGCAAGGUGGUGUGGGACCAUCAGGACCUCCUGGUGAACCUGGUGAACCUGGACCAAUGGGUCCAAUUGGUGCCCGAGGACCAGAAGGGCCACCUGGGAAGCCUGGCGAAGAUGGUGAACCUGGUAGAAAUGGAAAUACUGGUGAAGUGGGAUUUGCAGGAUCACCGGGGGCUCGAGGCUUUCCUGGUGCUCCUGGUCUUCCAGGCCUAAAGGGUCACCGUGGUCAUAAAGGUCUUGAAGGCCCUAAAGGUGAAGUUGGAGCAACUGGCUCCAAGGGUGAAGCUGGCCCUACUGGACCAAUGGGUGCCAUGGGUCCUCUGGGACCAAGGGGAAUGCCAGGAGAGCGAGGACGACUGGGGCCACAAGGUGCUCCUGGACAGCGAGGUGCCCAUGGCAUGCCUGGAAAACCAGGACCAAUGGGUCCUCUUGGGAUACCCGGUUCUUCUGGUUUCCCAGGAAAUCCUGGGAUGAAGGGAGAAGCAGGUCCUACUGGGGCUCGAGGCCCUGAAGGUCCUCAGGGGCAGAGGGGUGAAACUGGGCCACCUGGUCCAGCUGGCUCUCAGGGUCUUCCUGGUGCAAUGGGAACAGACGGUACACCUGGUGCCAAAGGCCCCACAGGCUCUGCAGGUACCUCUGGUCCUCCUGGGUUAACUGGCCCCCCUGGAUCUCCUGGCCCUCAGGGUAGCACUGGACCUCAGGGAAUACGAGGACAGCCGGGUGAUCCAGGAGUUCCAGGUUUCAAAGGAGAAGCUGGACCCAAAGGGGAACCAGGACCACACGGUAUUCAAGGUCCAAUAGGCCCACCUGGAGAAGAGGGCAAAAGAGGUCCUCGGGGUGAUCCAGGAGCAGUUGGUCCUCCAGGCCCAAUGGGAGAAAGGGGUGCACCUGGCAAUCGUGGUUUUCCAGGGUCUGAUGGUUUACCUGGACCAAAGGGUGCUCAAGGAGAACGGGGUCCUGCGGGGUCCUCAGGACCUAAAGGAGGCCAGGGAGACCCAGGACGUCUUGGUGAACCAGGGCUUCCUGGUGCUCGGGGUCUGACAGGAAAUCCUGGCAUUCAAGGUCCUGAAGGAAAACUUGGACCUUUGGGUGCUCCAGGUGAAGAUGGCCGGCCAGGUCCUCCGGGCUCCAUCGGCAUUAGAGGGCAGCCUGGGAGCAUGGGUCUUCCAGGCCCCAAAGGUAGCAGUGGUGAUCCUGGAAAGCCUGGAGAAGCAGGAAAUGCUGGUGUACCUGGGCAGAGGGGGGCUCCUGGCAAAGAUGGUGAAGUUGGACCUUCUGGUCCUGUUGGACCCCCGGGUCUUGCUGGAGAACGAGGGGAACAGGGGCCUCCAGGUCCCACUGGCUUUCAGGGGCUUCCUGGCACGCCAGGGCCUCCUGGAGAAGGUGGGAAGCCAGGUGAUCAGGGUGUUCCUGGAGACCCUGGAGCAGUUGGCCCGUUAGGACCUAGAGGAGAAAGAGGAAAUCCUGGAGAAAGAGGAGAACCUGGGAUAACUGGACUUCCUGGUGAAAAGGGGAUGGCUGGAGGCCAUGGUCCUGAUGGGCCCAAAGGCAAUCCUGGUCCAACUGGUACCACUGGAGACACAGGUCCACCAGGUCUUCAAGGUAUGCCAGGGGAAAGAGGAAUUGCAGGAACUCCUGGUCCCAAGGGUGACCGAGGCGGCAUAGGAGAGAAAGGUGCUGAGGGCACAGCUGGAAAUGAUGGAGCAAGAGGUCUUCCAGGGCCCUUAGGCCCUCCAGGUCCUGCUGGUCCAACUGGAGAAAAGGGUGAACCGGGACCUCGAGGUUUAGUUGGACCUCCUGGCUCCCGUGGCAAUCCUGGGUCUCGUGGGGAAAAUGGCCCAACUGGAGCUGUUGGUUUUGCUGGACCCCAGGGUCCUGAUGGGCAACCUGGAGUCAAGGGUGAACCUGGAGAGCCAGGCCAAAAGGGAGAUGCUGGGUCUCCUGGACCCCAAGGGCUAGCAGGGUCACCUGGCCCACAUGGUCCUCAUGGUGUUCCUGGACUGAAAGGUGGCCGAGGAACCCAGGGUCCACCUGGUGCUACAGGUUUUCCUGGUUCUGCUGGCAGAGUUGGACCCCCAGGCCCUACUGGUGCUCAAGGACCUGCAGGGCCUGCAGGGGAGCCAGGGAAGGAAGGACCUCCAGGUCUUCGUGGGGACCCUGGUUCUCAUGGACGAGUUGGGGAUAGAGGACCAGCUGGCCCACCUGGUGGCCCUGGAGACAAAGGGGACCCAGGAGAAGAUGGACAACCAGGUCCAGAUGGUCCCCCUGGUCCAGCCGGAACAACUGGGCAGAGAGGGAUUGUUGGCAUGCCUGGACAACGCGGAGAGCGAGGCAUGCCUGGCUUGCCAGGCCCAGCGGGCACACCAGGAAAAGUAGGACCAACUGGUGCAACAGGAGACAAAGGCCCACCUGGACCUGUUGGACCCCCAGGCUCCAAUGGUCCUGUAGGGGAACCUGGACCAGAAGGUCCAGCUGGCAAUGAUGGUACUCCAGGACGGGAUGGUGCAGUUGGUGAACGUGGUGACCGUGGAGACCCUGGGCCUGCAGGUCUGCCAGGCUCUCAGGGUGCCCCUGGGACUCCUGGCCCUGUGGGUGCUCCAGGAGAUGCAGGAUUAAGAGGAGAACCGGGUUCUCGAGGUCCUGUAGGACCACCUGGCCGAGCUGGGAAACGUGGUUUACCUGGACCUCAAGGACCUCGUGGUGACAAAGGUGACAAUGGAGACAGAGGUGACAGAGGGCAGAAAGGCCACAGAGGCUUCACUGGCCUUCAAGGGCUUCCUGGCCCUCCUGGUCCAAAUGGAGAACAAGGAAGUUCUGGAAUCCCUGGCCCAUUUGGCCCAAGAGGUCCUCCUGGACCAGUUGGUCCUUCAGGCAAAGAAGGAAACCCUGGACCACUUGGACCAAUUGGACCCCCUGGUGUGCGAGGCAGUGUAGGAGAAGCAGGACCAGAGGGUCCUCCUGGUGAGCCUGGCCCUCCUGGCCCUCCAGGUCCUCCUGGCCAUCUCACAGCUGCUCUUGGUGAUAUAAUGGGCCACUAUGAUGAAAACAUGCCUGAUCCACUUCCUGAGUUUACUGAAGAUCAGGCAGCCCCGGAUGAUGCAAAUAAAACUGACCCUGGGGUCCAUGCUACCCUGAAGUCCCUCAGCAGUCAGAUUGAAACCAUGCGCAGUCCCGAUGGUUCCAAGAAGCACCCAGCACGGACUUGUGAUGACUUAAAACUUUGCCACUCCACCAAGCAGAGUGGUGAAUACUGGAUUGAUCCUAAUCAAGGGUCAGCUGAAGAUGCUAUCAAAGUGUACUGCAACAUGGACACGGGAGAAACGUGCAUCUCAGCAAACCCAGCCAGUGUGCCCCUCAAAACCUGGUGGGCCAGCAAAGCUCCCGACAGCAAGCCCGUUUGGUAUGGUCUUGAUAUGAAUAGGGGAUCUCAGUUCACAUAUGGAGAUUACCAAUCGCCCAAUACAGCUAUUACUCAGAUGACCUUCUUGCGACUUUUAUCAAAAGAAGCCUCACAAAACGUUACUUACAUCUGUAAGAAUAGCAUAGGAUACAUGGAUGAUCAAACUAAAAACCUCAAGAAAGCUGUGGUUCUUAAAGGGGCCAAUGACUUAGAAAUCAAAGGAGAGGGAAACAUUAGAUUCAGAUACACAGUCCUUCAAGAUACUUGCUCUAAGCGAAAUGGAAUUGUUGGCAAGACUGUUUUUGAAUAUAGAACACAGAAUGUGGCUCGCUUGCCCAUCAUAGAUCUUGCCCCUGUGGAUAUCGGCAGCACUGACCAGGAAUUUGGUGUCGAAAUUGGGCCAGUUUGUUUUAUGUAACCUGAGCCCAGAAACAUUGGCGAUGAGCACCACCAUCAAUGACCACCACUGUUCACAAGAACUCUGACUGUUUGAAGUUGAUCCUGAGACUCUUGAAGUAAUGGCUGGUCCCACACCAGCACUGUACAUAUGGUCUGAAGUGCCUGGCCUCCUUAUCCUUCAGAAUAUUUAUUUUACUUACAUUCCUCAAUUUUUAAUUGACUUAAACUAUUUUUUCAAUACAACAGUUUAGGCUAAAAUUGAUCAAUGACCAUGACCACCUUAAAAAAGUAAACUGAUUAAAAAAUAAAUUCGUGCUCUUCAAUUCAUUUCCAUGUAAUGAAUAAAUUAUUUAUGAGGACAUUCUUCUUUGUAGCAGGUAGCUUAAAGAGUAGGUUAUAGGAAACCACAACACAUGUGUAUUUUGCUUGUCUGCAGCUUGAAAAGUAGAAAGCCAUGCCCUUCUGUUACCUCUCACCCCUGGAUGAUCAGUAAAAACUGACUGAAAAUCUUUUGCCUUACAACUGAAACCCACAUGUAUAUCUUCAUAUUGUAGUACCAUUAUAGAGAUUCUUUAAAGAUAAUUUUUAUAGUAUACCCAGUUCACACUGUUUUAAAUUAAACUUUUAAAAUAGUGAAAUAUCAGAAGAAAUAGAAUUGAAAUAUCAAUUUCAUAAAUUUUUAAGAGCUUUUAUGUUUAAACAUAUCUCUCAUUCAAAUGUAAGAGUAUCUUUACCAUUUGGCAUCAUAUGUCAGUUACUUAGGUAUGCCAUUUAAUACAUUUGCUCUUUCUUAUUUAAGAAGUUAUUGAGUAACAAAAAAUUUUUACAUACAACUUUAUAAACUUACAUCCAGGAUCCAGAGUUGAGACUCCCCCACAUGUAUAAUGUCAACAUCCUGAAGCCUGUAAUAAAGAAAUGAUCUAGAAAUCCAGAGUGGUGGAGCUAUCCCAAAUCAAAUGUGAUGAUUGGAUUUAAGCCAUUUGAUCUUAGAAUUUUUAUAGGAAAAUAUGACCCAACAUUUCUUAGCAUGAGCUACCUCAUCUCUCAAAGCUGGGAUGGACUUACUAUUGUUUAUACUUUAGAUAUUAAAAGGUGCUAUGCUUCUGUUAUUAUUCCAAGACUUGAGAUAAGCAGGGCUACAAACUAUUAUUAUUGUUUUUCCUUUAAUGAUGGUGCUAAAAUUCUUUCUAUUUUUUUUAAAUAAAAGUUGUUUCAUCAAUACCAUUUGUGAAAACAGACCUGUUGAACUUCUAGUUUCUGAAAGAAAGCACUGUCCCAGUGUCUUUCCACUACCCCUCUGCCAUACUGUAUUUGGAAUACCUUGUAAUACUUGCAUGCUUCUGAAUCAAGAACAUGUAGGUCCCCUUGUGUUUAAAGAGUUUUUUUUCUUUUCCCCCUAAUUGCUUUUGUUGGCUCCAUUGUUAUUUCUUACUCAAAACUAAACAGCUUGGGCCAUCCCAAAGGACAAGCCACAUACACAACUUUGGUCAUGUAUCUCUGCAAAGCAUACAAUUAAAUGCACGCUUUUGUCAUGUCA